UUCUUUUUUGGGCUAAAAGUUUGUAAAACAAAUUGAAAUUCAAAGAACAACCCUAAUCAAUUCACUUCAGCCUUCCCUCUCUUCGUUCUUCCUCAUCUUCCGGGCUUCAAGCUGUCGAUUGCCAGUACCGGGCGAGCUCCUCCUCCGCCAUUUUAAAGCGCCGCCGAGUUCAUGUAAUAUAGAUCAAUGGCCACGGAUAGGACAAAGAAAUCUGGGCCUCCUAAAAUAGUUACGCUUAAUAACGCAUCGAAAUUGGCUGAACAAUGGCUAAAUAAAAUGAAUGGAUCUGGACAAGAUGAAGUAGUGGAAGUAGAACCAGAGGCACGGCCAGAGAGGCUUGGACUUGGAGCAAAGGUUCCACGCCAAUCAAAAGUUCAACUCUCUAAUGACCCAGUCGCAAGAAAACUAUCUGCCAAGUUGGGUGCUGGAAAAAGAAAAGCUUCCAAGAACCAGGACUCCACCCCUUCUGGUCAAGACAUGGUCAAUGAAGAUGAUGGUGAUGAAGAUUUAGAUAGCAGAAGCAGUGCAUUUUCUAGGAAGAAAGCUGUUCCGACGACUUCACAAUUACAGGUAAAGAAAAAACUGAAGUAAUUUGUGGCCUUGAAAUGAUUGAAUGUAGCAAAAUGAUAUGAACUUUCUAGCGUAUUUAAUGACUUGUAAACACUUUUCCAUAAUGGAAAUAAUCAAGAAAAAUUAGAGCUUUUGUUAUUCAGCUCAAUGUAUUUUAUAUAUAAGAUUCUUUUGCGAAGUUACAUUAUCAUGGUCAAUGUGUUUCCCUUUGUCCU